AUGAUGAACAUCCCUAAAAAAGUCAAUAUAAUUGUACAGCGUGGGGAGAAUUUGGAAUACACUUCGUCACUUAAAAAAGCCUCCAAAAGUCGUCGAUGGCGCGUUGUAUUUUUGGGUGGAGAGGUUAAAUUAGCCUCAGAGUAUGUUGAUGCGGAAGAUGGUCGCCCGAUAUGGGAUUGUGAAGUGACAUUAGAUUUGAUUAGUCCAUCAGAUCCAAUUACUUUACUUGUUAUCGAUGGAGAUAAUCAUAAUAUCGGUCAAGUUGAUAUCCCUUUAAAUCAAGUUCCACAAACUGGCAAUCCAAAUUUCGACCUAUCACGGUUAUGUUAUUCCGAUUUGAAAUCAAAACGAAAAAAUUCUAAUGCACAUGGACGUUUAGUUUAUUGGAUUUGGGCUAUUGACUAUUGGCCUCCAGGAACUCAAGCUAAUACUACACACCAUUCUAAAUCAUUACGUGGUUCACUUACGCAUCUUGGUUCGAAAAUACGUUCCAAAUCUAAGCGUAGAUCCAAAAAUGAUAUUGAUUACACUAAUGGUUAUCAACAAAGUGGAAUUAAUGGUUCAUCUUCUACUUUACAAGUACCCGGUAUGUCAUAUAAUCCAUUUGAAAAUGAUGGUACUGUAAGUGAAUUCAGUGGACCAAUGGGUUUACCACCAAUGUAUCAAUCACAUUCAAAUAGUCCAUAUGCUCAAUCAGAAUUUGGUGGAUCACUUGCAGGCAGUGUAAAAUCAACUAAACAAAAAAAUAUGUUGAAGAAAUUCAAAUCGAAACUUUCACACAGUACACUUAAUUUGGCUGAAGCGGCAGCUAAAAAAGCAGCUGGGAAAGAUCCUUAUUUUCAAAGUCUUGAAAAAGGAUCAAAGUCAAAUUUAAGAGGAAGUCAAUUAUCCAUUGGCGGGUCAUCGUAUCGAGCAUCAACUUCUCAAUUAGAUCUUUCUACUCAACCAAUCAAUGUUAAUGGUAAUUACCCAUCACAAAGUUUGUAUCCUCGUCAAGAUUCAGGUAAAUCAAGGAUAUCAUCCAGUUCAUUUUUAGAUGAGCAAGGUGUCGCAACACCUAUUCAACAACGAACUGAUGGAGUUGGUGAAGUUUCAGCUGCACCUUUUGAGUCACCUGGUAGUUUCCAUACUUCAGCAUUCGGUGCUCAACCUGAUGAUCGGCCUAGUAAACCUAUUGAAGAUAUGACAAAGCGUGAAACAGCUGAAUAUGUGACACAUUUAUUAAAAUCGUUACAAACUGCUCGAACAGAAAUUACUCGUUUACAAAUAGAAAAUGAUCGAUUGACUGGUCAUUCACAUGAAUCUGAACGAGAAUUAAAUGAAGUUCGUAUGAGUUUGGCAACAUUACGCAAUCGUUUAUUAGAAGAUAAUCUUACACAAUAUCUUGAAUUGCCUCGUGAAACCAAUGGUUACAUGGGUAUUGGAAGUAGUAGUGUUAUUGGUCUUAGUGUACGUGGCAGCAAUGCCAAUCCAUUUGACAAUGUACGACGUGAAAGUACUAUUGAACCCCAAUCCUUUUUAUCAAAAAUCUCCUCUCUAGGAAUGAAUGCUCGUUUAGGAAAUAUCAUUCCACCGACAAAUAAUCAAUUACAAGCAAAUGGAAACAGUGCUAAUCUUGGUGGGGGAGGAUGGUGGUGAACAACUAAUCAGGGUUCCAUAGAAAAAUUAAUAAUUAUUUGAAUAAAUCAAAUUAUUACAUUCUUCCCGCGCUGUACUUUGAUUUCGUUUUAAAUUAUUGAAUCACCUUGACCUUGUAAUGAAAAAAAUACUUGUGUGUACUUGAAUGAUCCUAUUUGCUCAUAUAUAUAUAUGUGUAUGAUUAUUUUUUUCUACUCAUCAUUGUUCCCUUCAUGUAAUCAGGAGUGAUUUUGUACUUAGGUGUAUAUGUAUAUGCUGUACGCAAAGCAAAAAAAAACAAAACAAACAUUUCAGGUUGAAAUGUCUUUCAACAUUAUUACUAUAUUAUUGUUACUAAUUAUUCUGCUUCCAAAUAUUAUUACUUUUAUUUUACUUAAACAAUCUUGAGGCUAUAGGUGUAAAAAAAAAUACACAACAACAUAUGGACAACACAGACAAGCGCAUUCAUUAAUACAUAUCUAUAUUCAAUAUUCUUCAAACGCUUUGAUGAAAUAGAGUAACUACACUUUAGUUCAUCAACUAAGUAAACUUUCAGAGGUCAUGAUCUAUUGUAUCAUAAUAAUGAAAUAAAUUUUUGUGUUUGUUUGUUUGUUUUUUUUCUAUAAAAUUCUUAUCUACAGAUAAUCUGUGAUAAUCAAUUGUAUUUGUUUCUAUGCCUAAUUAAAAGAAUAAUCAGUUGCUCAAUGUUCAAUAGAAUAUCGUCAUUAUUCCUUUUUAGAUACACAUUUUUAAAAAAAAAAAUUUUAUUUACACCUACUCACAUUAUCGCAUAUUCGUAUUAUCAAUCAUCAUAGUGAUAAUAAUAGUUCUUGCUAUCUUUACUAACAUUGUUUCAUUUCGGUGUUAUCUUCUAUCUUCUUUCAGUUUUGUUUAUUCUUUUUUUUUUUUUAAAAAAAGACCUAUUUAUCACUUUAUUUCCUAUCAGAUCUUUUUUUUGCACAUGCAAAUUUGAUUAUGUUGUCACAUUUUCAUUCAGAAUUUUUUUUCAAAAAAUGAAGAAAAAAGGAGAUUUCUUUUUAUCCAGGGUUUAUUAAUUGAGAGGUUUUUCUUUUUUUUUAUUAAUUAAAACAAAAUUUUUUGUUCCUAUGGUUUUAGUAAAAAAUAAUUUCUUUUUUUCUUCUGGUUUUUAUGUAUUAUCCAAAAAAUCAUUCAUUCCAUGUGUUUCUUUUUGUUAUGUGUGUACGCAAAAUCUAUUGGUGCUAAAAAUAUGUCCCCCCUUUUUAAAUGUAUACAGGUGUAUACCUAUGUUUGUUCUUAUUAUUUGAUAUAUGUAUUGACAAGAUGGCAAAUGGAAUAAAAUGUGUAUCAUCUUUUCUUUGAUCUAAAAUUUCUUUGAUGAAUUUAUUCAUGAUGAAUUCCAUGCACUAGAUCUUUUGCUUCAUCUAGGAAUUUUUCACCAUAUGCCCAAUUCUCUUUUAUUUUUGAAUAAUAAAGACUACCUUGUAUGAAAUUGAUUUUCUUUCUCUUUAUAAUUGAAUCUUACAUCAAUCAAUUUCUUUUGUUGUGUUUAUUAAAUUGUUUAAUUAUUAUUUAUCAUUUGAGAGUGCCUAAUUGAAUUUAUUUCUGUUUUUCUGUGCCAAUUUUAACAUUUCUUUGUUCCUCUUUUUGUUCUGGAAAUUAUGAGGAGGGACUGAAAGUGCAAGUCAGCUAGCUAGCAAAUUAUUAUUUUUAUUUUAAUCUACUAUUUUUAAGUGAUACCAGGAAGAAAAUGUGAUUUUAAGUAGUGCCCUGUUUUUUUUUAAAAAAAAUACUAUUCAUGAAUGUACUGUAUAAUUAUGAACAUAAUUGAACAUACAGUGGUAGUUACUUGGAUUUUAAUUCGCCGCGGAAACAAAUUCGGAGAGAAAAGAAUGGUUGUUCGAUUUCAUUCUGAUUUUUUUAAAAAUCAAAAAGAAAAAACGACUAAUUGUAGUUGUGUAAUGUGAUUAGAUAUAUUUAAUAUAAUAUUGAACAUGGUAACUAAUUAUUUUUUUUGGUUUAUAUUUGAUAAGAAUUGAAAGCUUUGAAAAGGGGUCAUAUGAAACUAAUAGUGAGAUGUUGUUCAGUUUGAUUUUAAUAAAAGUGUUCAUAAUGAUCAAAAAAUGACAGAAUGAAUACUUUUCAUAUU